AUGGUCGCCGGAAUGGGCGGAGUAUUGGGCCCAGUCGCUCUGCGGCUGGUCCGUACUACCGCGUAUAAGGCUUCCAAGUUGGUCCGGAAGAAGCUCACGGCAGCGCUUCGACCGGUCAACACGGCUUUGGAGCCAGCUUUGGCGAAAUCACGCCCACGACAACCUAUUCAUCCCUCGGCCUUGUUGCGCCAGCAAAAAAGUCGAAGAUGGUAUUCGACUUCUACUUACCGAAACAUUGACGCCGCGGUUCGCCGCUUCAUUACCACUGGUCGCAUUGAUGCCUCCGUGCGGAUUGAUCGGACCAAGUUUAUGAGCACCAAGACAGGCCGGGCUGUCUCCCAGAUGACUGGACGGGCCCCAUUUGCAAGCACUUUGCGUCCAAACCUCACAGGCGGUGCUCUGCCUCGAACUGCUGGCGGUUACGGUCUGGGCUCUGGCCGGAUUGGCGGGGCUCGAUACUUCUCCCACGCACCGGCCUCUCAAGCGCAGGUUGUACAAAAUGUAUCGUCGGCCGUCCGGGCAUUCUGGAUUUCGGGUCAGAAGGCACAGUUUGACGGACUUAACGCCCGAGGCGAGAAGCAGUACCGUGCCGUCUCGUCUUUGCAGGAAGAGACAUCCCGCAAGCUCGCAUCGGUGCCUCGGAUCAUGCCGGGCUCCUAUGUUGACUUUGCCCUGAACCCAACCGUCACUGCUCUCAGCCCGUUGGCUGCCGCCAUGCCCUUCACCACCAAGAGCAAGGAGGUUGCAGCUAUUGACGCCACCACACUCAACACUGAAGGGUUCCUCGAUGUUCUGUCCGUUGACUUUGGCCGUGCUCUGAAAGAUCUGACGGCGGUAUUAUCAGAUAUCAAAAAGUUGUCCGCCCUCGGGGAUUUGCCGAUACAACUUGAGAAGGGACAAAUCCUUCGGGUACGAUUUCCAGGCGUUGACGCUGAGACAGUCGAAGCACUCUUGGAUGACCUUGGACUGAGUCGAGGUAUCGUGAGAGAAGAUGCGGACUUUGGUGUCGAGACCGGUGUACCAAUGGCCUUAAAAUUCCCGUUCGCUCCCGAUGCAGUAAGCGAAGAGUCAGCCCUCUCGGCAUCUCCUGAAGGCUCUCUGCCUUCGCUAGGCAGUUCCCUGCAAGAGCACGAACUUUUUGAAACAUUUAGCGAUAUCGAGGACAACCCCUGGCUCGCAUCACCGGAACCAGAGGGUUAUGAGACGGCAUCCCAGCCUUUUAGUUCGGGCGAGCAUUGUUCGCAAGAAUUUGAGGGUCUAGACGGGGUCUACAAGUUUCUUGAAGAAUGUGAUCGCGCCAGAGGCAGGUUUUGA